UCCCGGAAGUGUCUCCAUGGCGACGGCGGCCGAGGCCUAGCGGGCCAGGAGAAGCCUGAUGGAGAAAUACGAGCGGAUUCGGGUGGUCGGAAGGGGCGCGUUCGGGAUCGUGCAUCUGUGCCUGCGGAAGAUGGACCAGAAGCUGGUCAUCCUGAAGCAGAUCCCCGUGGAGCAGAUGAGCAAGGACGAGCGGCUGGCGGCCCAGAAUGAGUGCCAGGUGCUGAAGCUGCUGCACCACCCGCACGUCAUCGAGUACUACGAGAACUUCCUGGAGGACAAGGCCCUGAUGAUUGCCAUGGAGUAUGCGCCAGGCGGGACGUUGGCAGAGUUCAUCCACAAGCGCGGCAACUCCCUGCUGGACGAGGAGACCAUCCUGCACUUCUUCGCCCAGAUCCUGCUGGCCCUGUUCCACGUGCACACCAGGCAGAUCCUCCACCGGGACCUGAAGACGCAGAACAUCCUCCUGGACGAGCGGCACGUGACCGUCAAGAUCGGCGACUUCGGCAUCUCCAAGAUCCUCAGCAGCAAGAGCAAGGCCUACACGGUGGUGGGCACGCCGUGCUACAUCUCCCCGGAGCUGUGUGAGGGCAAGCCCUACAACCAGAAGAGCGACAUCUGGGCCCUGGGCUGUGUGCUGUAUGAGCUCGCCAGCCUCAAGAGGGCCUUCGAGGCCGCAAACCUGCCGGCCCUGGUGCUGAAGAUCAUGAGCGGGACCUUCGCGCCCAUCUCCGACCGCUACAGCCCCGAGCUGCGCCAGCUCAUCCUCGGCCUGCUCCAGCUGGACCCCGCCAAGCGGCCGCGGCUGGACGAGAUCAUGGCCGAGGCCAUCUGCAUCCGGCCCCUGCUCAACCUGCACACCGACGUGGGCAGCGUCCGGAUGAGGAGGCCCGAGAAGCCGCUGGCCACCGUGCCGCCGGUCACCCACGGCAGGGCCGGGAGAGGCGCCCUCGGUGCAAGAGCAAGGGGCUCCCGCGCAGGCUCCGCCCGGCCCGGCAUGCUGCCCACCCCGUCGUCCAUCUACACCUGGGGGGGCGGGAUCUCCCUCCCCCUCCGCCUGCCCAUGCUGAACACGGAGGUGGUGCAGGUGUCCACCGGCAGGACCCAGAAGGCCGGCGUGACCAAGUCGGGGCGCCUGAUUGUGUGGGAGCCGCCCCCGGUCGGCACCACGGCGGGGCCUUCGCUCCCGGGGGCCACGGAGCAGCUGCACCCCCAGUUCGUCUGCCGCUUCCUGGAGGGCCAGUCCGGCGUGACGAUCAAGCACGUGGCCUGCGGGGACCUGUUCUCCGCCUGCUUAACAGACCGAGGCAUCGUCCUGACCUUCGGCAGCGGCAGCAGCGGCUGCUUGGGGCACGGGACAUACGUGGACGUGAGCCAGCCCAAGAUCGUGGAGGCCCUGCUGGGCUACGAGAUCGCCCAGGUGGCCUGCGGGGCCUCGCACGUGCUGGCCGUCUCCAACGAAGGGGAAGUCUUUGCCUGGGGGAGAGGCGACAACGGGCGCCUGGGGCUGGGCACGCAAGAGGCCCACAGCUCGCCGCAGCAGGUGCCGGUGCCCCCGGAGCACGAGGCACAGAAGGUCCUUUGCGGCAUCGAUGCCUCCAUGAUCCUGACGGCCAAGAACCGGAUCCUUGCCUGCGGGAGCAACAGGUAUAACAAGCUGGGCCUGGACGGGAUCCCGCCCCAGGGAGAGCCGGCGCCCGCGGAGCAGGUGGAGGAGGCGCUCGCGUUCAGCCCGGCCCGCUCGAGCCCCCUGAGCGAGGAGGCCGUCGUGUGGGCCGACAUCGGGACGGCCCAUUCCGCGGUCGUCACAGCCUCGGGCCAGUGCUACACCGUCGGCAGCAACCAGCACGGCCAGCUGGGCCCGCUCUCCUGCCGGGCCAGCCGGGCCCCCUACCUGGUCGAGGGGCUGCAGGGCGUCAGAGUCGUCAUGGUGGGCUGCGGAGACGCCUUCACCGUUGUCGUGGGGGCAGACGGCGAGGUGUGCAGCUGGGGGAAGAGCGCCCGGGGCCGCCUCGGGCGCAAGGACGAGGAGGCGCGCAGCCCCCGGCCCGUGCUGCUGGACGAGGCCCACCCCAGCCUGGUCGCCUCCGUCUCCUGCUGCCACGGGAGCACGCUGCUCGCCCUGAAACCCGCCGCCGAGGAGCCCGGAGCGCCGUGAGGGGCCCCCGCAGCCCCUCCGCCGGACCGCACCAGCCCCUUGCUGCCGUCCCCGUGGAGCGCCCGAGCGAGCAGGACCGGAUCCCGGCCCC